UCUAUAUCCACAUACAAGUUAUACAAGACUUGCGAGAGCAAGGAAAUUAAAAUCCGAACAAAGGGGAGAAAAUGAUUGCCGCGAUUUCUCUCUCAACGAACAUACCCGCCGGUUCAACUAACAUGACUGUAACUUCAGGCCCCAACGGUACUAAAAAACACAGCAAACCUCUAACUUCAACCCUCAAAUGGCUUGCCAAAUCCGGCAAAUUAGACGAGGCCCUUCGCCUGAUCGAAUCCUCACCGUCCAGAUUAACAUUCACCGAGCUCGAUGUAGAAGCCUACUCUCUCCUCCUCCACACCUGUAUCUCCAGAAAAUCAUUGGAGCAUGGCCGAAGGCUUUAUCUUCAACUUCUUCUCUCCAAGGACAGAGGCAACAACCACAGCCUUCUCCACAACCCAACUUUGAAAAGCAAGCUCAUCACGCUUUACUCUGUUUGCGGCCGAAUGGAUGAGGCUCGCUCUGUUUUCGAGGAUGGGUUGGAAGAUGAACAGGUUCCCGAGUCAGUGUGGGUGGCAAUGGCUAUUGGGUACUUGAGAAAUGGGUACUUGGUUGAAGCUUUGCUUGUGUAUUGUGAAAUGCUGAUCCGGUUUGUCCAGCCGGGUAAUUUCGCGUUUUCGAUGGCGUUGAAGGCGUGUGCAGAAUUGCCUGAGUUGAGAGUUGGUAGAGGAGUCCAUGCCCAGAUUGUGAAAUCAAUUGAAGAGCCUGAUCAAGUGGUGAACAAUGCUCUUUUGAGGUUGUAUGCGGAGAACGGGUGUUCUAUUGAGGUCUUCAGGGUGUUCGAUACAAUGCCUGAGAGAAAUGUUGUUUCCUGGAACUCUUUGAUUGCGAGUUUUGCUCGACGAGACCAAGUGUUUGAGUCAUUGGAUUCUUUUAGAAGGAUGCAAGGAGAGGGGAUGGGAUUCAGUUGGGUUACCCUUACGACGAUUUUACCAGUCUGCGGUAGACUGACUGCACUUCAUUGUGGGAAAGAGAUACAUGCCCAGAUUGUAAAGUCCACCAAGAGACCUGAUGUCCCUGUAUUAAACUCACUUAUCGACAUGUAUGCAAAAUCUGGAGAAAUUGAUUACUGUAAGAGAGUGUUUGAGAGAAUGCAAAGUAAAGACUUGACAUCAUGGAAUACUCUGCUGACAGGGUAUGCAAACAAUGGAUUCAUAGAAGAAGGAAUGAAAUUGUUUGAUCAGAUGGAAGAGUCUGGUGUCCGACCAGAUGGAGUAACAUAUAUAGCUUUGUUGUCUGGCUGUAGCCAUGCGGGGCUUACUGAUGAAGGACGAAGAUUGUUUAAUAAAAUGAAGUUAGUUUAUGGUGUUUCACCAACAGUUGAGCAUUAUGCUUGCUUGGUGGAUCUCUUGGGCAGAGCUGGUAGAAUUAAGGAAGCCUUAGAUGUAGUGGAAAGAAUGCCUAUGAAGCCGACUGGCAGCAUAUGGGGAUCAUUACUCAACUCAUGCCGGCUCCAAGGCAAUGUUUCUCUUGCAGAGUUUGCUGCAAAGGAGUUGUUUGAACUUGAACCGACCAAUCCUGGGAACUAUGUAAUGCUUUCCAACGUUUAUGCAAAUGCAGGAAUGUGGAAUGAUGUGAAUAGGGUUAGAGAACUGAUGAAGCAUAGGGGAAUUAAAAAAGAUGCUGGAUGCAGUUGGGUACAGAUAAGGAAUAGAAUUCACACAUUUCUAGCAGGCGGGGGUUUUGAAUUUCGUAAUUCAGCUGAGUUCAAGAAGGUCUGGAAUGAAUUGACGGAUGCUAUGAAAGAAGUUGGAUAUAUCCUUGACACUAGUGUUGUGCUACAUGAUGUAAAUGAAGAAACUAAAGCAAUGUGGGUUUGUGGGCAUAGUGAAAGAGUCGCAGUUACGUUUGCACUUGUCCACACUGCUGCUGGAAUGCCAAUUAGGAUUACAAAGAACAUACGCAUUUGUGCAGAUUGCCACUCCUGGGUGAAAAUAGUUUCAGUGAUUACAGGGAGAUUGAUUGUUUUAAGGGACACAAAUCGCUUCCACCAUUUCAAAGGAGGAGCAUGCUCUUGUAAGGACCACUGGUGAUAACACCAUUCUUUCUUACUUUUCUGCUAAGGUUCUACCAUUCUUUCUUAUUUUUUUCAUGAUUCUUCUUUACAUUUUUGUCAAAUUUGAUUCCUCCUCGUUUGAGGACCCAUUAAAAUAAGAUUAUGUUAUA